CCAAAAUUAAGGAUGCAGUACUGCAUGCAUGCAUUUUCUCCUUUCCAAUUUCAAGCACAUUCUGCUUUCUAUUUUCCCAACAUCCCUUAAUAAUAAAUGAGCUUUGCUGUUCGUUUAUAUUAUGGGUAUAGUAAUAAUAAUGACCCCUUAAGGCUGGCUUAAUAAUACCUGCUGAAAUCAUUAGCCAUUUCUCAAUCAUCAGUUUUAGUAACUGCAGGCAGGCCAAUCUGUUUCCCUUCAAUUCUCCCCCUGGCCUGCCUAUCUCCUACCUGCAAUUUCUACACUCACCUCUCUCCCUCCCUAGUAUAGUUUAGUAUAGUCUAAGCAGAUAAUAUAAUCCAAUUUUUGGUUGCAUUAAUAUUUCUUCGAUCAGCUUCAAUUCCAUUCUCUCAUCUCUUUUAUAUCUCAUAGAAGAAAACUAACAAAAGAUCUGCGCAUGUCUUCUUCUCCAAGCUUCAUUGUCAGCUUCUUUCUAGCUUUUUUCAUACUUACUCAUCGUGGUGGUGUUUUAGGUGCUACAUUUACGUUUGUGAACAAAUGUGAAUACACAGUUUGGCCGGGGAUUCUAGCAAAUGCGGGCAGUCCUAGUCUUGAGAGCACUGGAUUUGAGCUUCCAAAGGACUCUUCCAGCGCCCUCACUGCUCCGACUGGAUGGUCCGGCAGGUUCUGGGGCCGAACGGGGUGUAACUUUGACGAGUCGGGCUCAUGCGCAACAGGGGACUGCGGAUCCGGUGAGGUGGAAUGCAAUGGCGCCGGAGCAGCGCCGCCUGCUACGCUGGCGGAGUUCAGUCUUGGAACAGUGGGGCAGGACUUCUAUGAUGUCAGCCUGGUGGACGGCUACAAUUUGCCCAUGUUGAUAGAAGCGUCGGGAGGAUCGGGUAUGUGCGCCACCACGGGUUGCGUCACGGAUGUCAACCAAAUUUGCCCUGCUGAACUGAGACUGAGCGGCGGGCAGGCGUGUCGGAGCGCUUGCGAGGCUUUCGCGAAACCAGAGUACUGUUGCAGCGGCGAGUACAACAGUCCCAUAACGUGCAAGCCGUCGGUGUAUUCAGAGAUGUUCAAGUCGGCGUGCCCCAGGUCGUAUAGCUACGCUUAUGACGACCCCACCAGCACUUUCACUUGCAGCGCUGCGGAUUAUACGCUCACAUUUUGUCCUUCCUUGCCAAGUCAAAAAUCUUCCAAGGAAACAAUGCCAACCACAAGUGGUGUUGGGUCUGCUGGGACAGGAAUGGAAUCGAGAUCGGGAUCAGGAGAAACAGGGAUGGGUGAUGGAUCUUGGUUGGCUGGAUUAGCCAUGGGCGAUUCAACGAGGAUUUUGGCAACUACUGGUUUGCAUUGUAUUUGUGGUGUCAUUCUCCUAUUCCUCUUCUUGUAGUUGUAGGUAGUAGUACUAGACUUGUAGUAUUUAGAAUGGUGUGGUGCUCCGUGUUCAUGCUCAUUAUUAUUACCUUUAGUUUUCUACUUUAAUUUGAUUUGAUUUGUGUACUGCAUUUACAUUACUUAAAUGUUGGAGAAAAGAUAAGAAGCAGCUGCAACUGCCCCGUGGAAA